AUGGCUGACCCUGCCCAAAGUGCCGCGACCCUAGUGCCUGAGGAGGACGACUUUGAACUGUUUGGUCCGAGUCCUGGAGAGGCGAGUCAGCCGUCGAACCCAGGACCUCAGCCUGUCCCGACUGUUGGACCGCAGCAGGCACCGCAGCCAGUGCCACAGCAAGCACCGGUUCCACCUGCAGUGACGACGACAGUUGGUUUGGACCCACAGCUGCAGCAGUUGAUGCUGAAUAUGAUGCAGAUGCAACAGCAGACGCUCCAGGUCAUGAUGGCUAGGAUGGACGCAGAUGAGAGAAGAAGGCGAGAAGCUGAGGCUGCCUCUGCAGCUGUAGCUGACCCCUUUGGUUCGACGGCUGCGGCUGGAAGUCCGUCAGCUAAAGCUACUGCUCCUCCACCUCCAGCGCCUGCGGGUCCGUCGGUGCACGUAGGAAGCAACAGAGCUGAGAAGUACCUCCCUGCUUUGCCCACCAUCGACGCUCCAUCGAUGGGGAAAGGGCGUGUGAAAGAGCUGGAAGAGUACCACCGUUGGUGUGAAGUCUUGGCGUCAUGGUUGGCGCUCAUAGACGACAACUACGUCAACGAGUUGCGCCAAGCAAUGGUGCACAACAGGGAGAUCAAGCAGUCAGAGAUGUCUGCUCCUGUGGCUUCGAGGUCUGCUCGGUUGUUUUACUACCUUCAACAGAGUUUGCAGAAGUUUGAGAGAGGCAUGGAGCUUGUGAGAAGCACGUCCAUGCGGCAAGCUCAAGCUGCUUGUGGGUACGAAGUCAUGCGGCAAAUGCAUGCGACUUUCAGCAUUGUCUCAAGAAUGGAGGCAAUUGCAGUGAGAGAUGAGGCCCUGAAGUUGCCUGCCAGAGGCGAGCCCAAAGGAAAGGGCAAAGGCGACAAGAAGGGCGAGAAGGGCAAGGACAAAGGAAAGUGGGGAAAGCCAAAGGCGAAGCCGAAAGCGAAGUCCAAGGGACGCGCUGUUGAAGACGAGCCGUCGGAGCAAGUGAUGGCCUUGAGAUUUCAUCGUCUCAGGGGCAUGCGCCCAGGGAAAGCAGUGAAGAAUGAGCCCAAUGAUGCUGAGCCCCCACGUCUCACCAUGACGGAUAAGGAAGUAGAGAAGCUGAACCAGUCCUCUUCGAGGAACAGUCACUUUGCGUGGCUUGUUGAUAGUGGAGCCACGUGCCACGUGUUGUCUGUUGCUUCUUUGUCGUUUUACGAAGUCGUGAAGGAGCAUUCGGGACCGCUGCCUGUCUUGAUGAGUGCUAGCGACACCGAGAUGGAAUGCCUCGGGUUGGUCGAUAUCCGUGUGAAGUUUGGGAGGCUAGGGCCUGUAGUGCUUCAGAAGGUCCUGGUUUGUCAGAUUGGUUUCAAUGUGAUCAGUUCUUGGCAGGCGAGCUGGUGGGCAAUGGCCCAGGAGAUCGGUACCCCACCGAAGUUUGGGAAAGAAGACGACGACACGGGAGAUGCAAUGGAAGUGGACCGCGCCAAGGAGAAGGCGCAUCCGAACAAGCAUCCGCAGAGAGCUUUGGAAGAGAAGGAGCCGGCCCAGAUGAUGGUUAUGUCCGAGAGAUGGCAAGAUCUCAGAGCGAUGCAGACAGCGGCAUCCAGCAGACGACAGUCCUUGGUGCAGAAGCUGCAGCUGAGUCGCAGCGUAGAGCAGAGGCGAGAGGCCGAAGAACUAGUGGCAAUGAACAGAUGCGAUUCGAAGGAAUUGCUCCACCGAGGAUUUCACUCCCUAACUUCUCCGGCCUUGCCUUCUGGAGAACCUCCCGCUCCCACUCAGGAGGGCAACGAGGCCGACGAUUGGGGGAAAUGGAAGGCGGUGCCAGGCCCUCCUGCGAGCCCGCCUCCACCGGGGACGCCUGUGGUGCCGCCUGGACCCCCGGAGACGCCGCCCGAGACACCACCGGAGACUUCUUGGGAGAAGAAGAAGAAGGACAAGAAGAAGGAGAAGAAGAAAGGCUCCAAGGAGCGCCGUGCACGAGAAAAGGACCAGGUCGCCGAGGACAAGAAGGACCACAACGAGGGCGAGAGAGACAAGGCCGCCGAAGGAGUGGCUUUGCUGAGGGAGCAAGAGCUCAAGAUGGUUGCCGCCAGCAAGAACUUGGCGGAGAAGGAGCGAGCGUCGGCAGCGGCGAAGGCAGCCGCCAAUGUGGCUGUCGAGAAGUGGACGCCCCAACAGAGGGCACGCAAGGAGGCAGAGCUCCAAGCAGCCCUGCUUGCUCAGGAGCAAGCCGCUGCUACAGUUCGUUUGCUGACUUUGGAGUUACAACUUGGGGAUGCCCUUGGUGCCCCCGAGAGUUCAGCGGCCCCCGAGGGAGCCGUAGAGUCUGGGACUCCUCCGGAGUUACCAGCCAGCAGGCGGAUCAGCCUGUCGUCUUCGAGUGUGGAAGCUAUCACUCCUCCAGGAACGCCUGCGACAACGCCGGUGUCGCCCGGAUCUGCGGUUCCAAAGACACCCCAACGAUCACCUUUGGUGAAAGCGAUGCCCAAGGUUCCGGAGAGCCCUGCUUCUCAAGCUGCUGUGAGCCUUGUUGCUCCAGCUGCUGCGGGGCCUGUUGCUCAAGCGAUGCCCAAGGUGGGGCAGGUGCCGGAUGUUGGGCACAUGGGACCUCCAGCGCCGCCGAUGGUUGGGCCAAUGGGCCCUGUACCACAAGCACCGCAGGUUGUUGGGAAGAUGCACAUGUUCCCGCCGGCGCCGCCCUUCUUGGGGUACAUGGGACCAGUGCCUCCAGCACCACCGCCAGGAUACCGAGGCAUUUUCAAUCCGUGGUCCACCGGGCCGUUGCGCCAGGUGUUUGGAGCUGUGGGCCAGCAUGUGACGCCCAUCACUCCGAGUGUGUCGGUUGCCGUCAAAAGCACCACGGCCAACAGCAAGGGCAACUCUAGCCCCUACGCCAAAGAAGAGAGAUCGAUCACCUUCGAUCUGAGGCGGCCCGUCAUCCUCAAAGUGAGCUCUUCGGUGUCUUCCCCGAAAAAGGUGCAAGAGUGCGGUGCCAAAGUGGUAGGCAGUCUAGAGUGCAGUGCCGAAGCUGUAGAACGUCUAGAGUGCAGUGCCGAAGCGGUAGGUUUGUCUCCUCCUGAAGACCUUGAGGUUCCAGUAUACAUUACUUCAGAGCGUUUGCGAGCGCACCGGAACAAAGGGCAUCAGCCCUAUCUGAGUUUCUGUGAUGUGUGCCAGUCGGCACGUGGUCGUGUGCCAGCACGACGCAAGAACAUGAAGAGCCACUAUGCGCCGGGAGAGCUUCAAGUAGAUUUUGGCUUCUUCGGUCGAAAUGUUCGGUUUCUGUUGAUCGUUCACGUCCUGUCGGGAUACUUGAGUACUGUUGUUUUGGGUCCUGAGGACCCGGUGCCUGUACCAGCCGUUUGCAAGGCUCUUUCUGAGAUGGGCCUCAACGGGCUGGACAUUGUGGUCCACGGUGACCAAGAAAACCUCCUGGAGAGUGUGUUCCGGGAUUCUGCGAAGCAUAGGACGUUUGUAGGACGGUCCAUGCAUUGGGUUCCGUUUGCAGUGAACAGGCCCCAGGCAAAAGGCAUUGUUGAGCGUAACGUUUGCCUCGUGAAAGAAGCGUUUUGGUCUGUUUGGCAGGACUGGAAGAGCGUGUAG